AUGCAGGCGGCGAUGCUGGAGGAGUUCCGCCGCGAAGUGGCGACGAUGUCGGCGCUCCCGCCGCACCCGAACGUCCUGCGGCUGAUCGGAGCCUGCACGGCCCCGCCGCGGCUCGCGCUGGUGCUGGAACACUGCCCCCGGGGGUCUCUCUUCGGCCUGCUUCACUCCCCCAGCGUGCAGCUGACGUGGAGCCGCGUGGUGGGCUUCCUCCAGGGCGCGGCGCGCGGCAUGGCGCACCUCCACGCGCACAAGAUCCUCCACCGCGACCUCAAGUCUGCCAACCUCCUUGUCGACGAACACUGGAGGGUCAAGGUGGCGGACUUCGGGCUCUCUCGCGUCGUGGCGCGCAACCAGGUCAUGACCGGCGGCCUCGGCACCUUCGAGUGGAUGGCGCCGGAGGUCCUUGGCGCGCAGCGGUAUUCUGAGAAGGCCGAUGUCUAUUCAUUCGCGAUUGUCAUUUGGGAGUGUGUGGCGCGGCGGCUGCCGUACGAGGGGUCGCCGGGGAUGCAGGCGGCGAUGGCGGUGAUGAACCGCGGCGCGCGGCCCGAGGUGCCCGGGUUCACGCCGCCCGCGCUCGCGACGCUGAUGCGCGCGUGCUGGGCGCCGCUGGCCUCGGAGCGGCCGCGCUUCGUCGAGGUGUGCGCGAUGCUGGACGCGAUCGCGCGGCAGAUGGAGGAGCCGCAGGGCGAAGGAGGCGCGCGCGCGGCGGUGCGAGCGACGAGCGUAGCCUGA